AAAUUGGGAAAGAUUGUAACAAAAUGAGCUACUAGUUCAGUAUUUUGGGGAAACUGCGCACGGUCGCCUUGUUUUCUCUACCUGUGAUACUUUUAAGUUGAAGUUGGGAUAAUUAUGGCGGAUUUAGAGAAUUUGCUUUUGGAAGCUGCGGGAAGAACUGGUGCUGCUGGGAGAAAUCGGCAUCUCCCACCUUCAAGGAGACGACACGAAGGCGCUUAUUCAGAUGGUGGGAGUGACUCUAGGGAUGAUGAUUCAGAUGAUGAGCUUAAUUAUGGAAACAGAAAGCCCUCUGGAUCACAAGUUCCUUUGAAGAAGAGGUUAGAUCCAACGGAAAGAGAUGAUGAUUUGGGUUGUCAGGAAGAGGCAGAUGAUGAUGAUGGUCAUAGCGAUCGUGAGGGCGAUAGCAGUGAUGAAUCGAAUAUUGGGGAUGAUCUUUAUAAGGAUGAUGAUGACAGGCGAAAGCUUUCUGAGAUGACUGAACUUCAAAGAGAGAUGAUCUUGUCAGAUAGGGCUACUAAAAAGGAUGAUAAAAAUUUGUUGGGGAAGAUAGCAUCAAAGCGUGACAAAGGAAAGGCAACAGUACCCAGAAAACAGUCUCCACCAAUGUCAUCAUCACGCAUGCGUGCAUCAGCCAGAUCUGCAGACAGGUCAGCCAAGAAUGAUGCUUUAAAUGAAUUGCGUGCAAAACGAUUGAAACAGCAAGAUCCAGAAGCUCACCGAAGAUUGAGAGAGGCAUCUAGAAAUGCAGGCCCCCGGCAUUUUUCUCCACCAAAGCGCAAAGCAUUCACGUCAGCAAGUCUUAGUAGUUCAAGUCAUAGUGAGAGUGAAAGUAGGUCUCACAGUGAUGAUGAAGGGUCAACUGGGGAUGGAGGAAUUGUUGACAGUGAUGAUGAUAGGGCUUUAGGUGGGUCUGAGGGACCAUCUUUUCAGGAUAUAAAGGAAAUAACUAUUCGCAGGUCAAAACUUGCCAAAUGGUUUAUGGAGCCUUUCUUUGAGGAGUUAAUAGUUGGCUGUUUUGUAAGGGUUGGAAUUGGUAGAUCAAAAUCUGGACCUAUCUACCGGCUCUGCAUGGUGAAAAAUGUUGAUGCCUCCGAACCUGAUCGACAGUAUAAAUUAGAGAACAAAACUACGCACAAGUAUUUGAAUGUUGUUUGGGGAAAUGAAAGUUCUGCUGCUAGGUGGCAAAUGGCUAUGGUUAGUGAUUCAGCUCCACUCGAAGAGGAGUUCAAACAGUGGGUUAAGGAAGUAGAUCGAAGUGGUGGCCGGAUGCCAAGUAAACAAGAUGUGUUAGAGAAAAAACAAGCUAUACAAAAAGUCAUCACAUUUGUCUACUCAGCCGCUACUGUGAAGCAGAUGUUACAAGAGAAAAAGUCUGCCUCAUCAAGGCCGCUGAAUAUUGCUGCUGAGAAGGAUCGGUUGAGGAGGGAACUGGAAAUUGCACAGAGUAAGAAUGAUGAGACAGAAGUGGAGAGGAUCAGGACAAGACUGCAAGAAUUGGAUGCAUCUAGACAAGCACAGGAGAAGGAUUCCAAGGCAUUGAAGCUGGCUGAGAUGAAUAGGAAAAACAGGUUUGAGAACUUCAAGAAUGCUUCUGAAUUGAAGCCAGUGAAUACAGGUUUGAAAGCAGGGGAGGCAGGUUAUGAUCCAUUUUCAAGGCGAUGGACUAGAUCAAGGAACUACUAUGCUUCAAAACCUGGGGAAAAGGCUGCAGCUGGAAACAGUAGUGUCAAUGGCCUAGUGGCUGAUGCAGGCGGCAAUGGACCAGGAGCUCCAGUGACAGUGGAGGCAGGCAUGGUGGCAACUGCUGCUGCCUUGGAAGCUGCUGCUGGUGCUGGGAAGUUAGUGGAUACAAGCGCUCCAGUGGAUCAAGGGACAGAGUCAAAUAUGCUGCACAAUUUUGAACUCCCUAUUUCAUUAGCAUUACUUCAAAAGUUUGGUGGAGCUCAAGGAGCCCAAGCAGGAUUUAUGGCAAGAAAACAAAGAAUAGAAACAACAGUUGGAUUUAGAGUCUUAGAAAAUGAUGGCAGGAGGCAUGCACUGACACUGACAGUUAGUGAUUACAAAAGAAGAAGAGGACUUCUUUGAAAUUUGUUGAUGCUCUUGCAGUAAUGCCACUUGAGAGGUAAGUUCACGGUUGUAUGAGCAGUAGAUUGUUUGAAUUGAUUGUAAUAUUAUCGUGCCCUUGUGUAUCUUUAAUUAUUUAAAAAGCAGUCACGUUUCCAUGCCUUUUUUAAUCCUCAAACAUUAAGCAAUUGAUAUUUGAUAAAUGUAAGUGAACAAUGUUUAUGUGAUUUAACCUUGAUAUUCAAUCGGAUGGUUGGAAGCUAAAGAGAGAGCAUGAAAAAUGCAGAGGAAUCCGAUAUUGUGGAUUUUUGGUGAAAUAUUAAUACAAAAUAUCUGUCCUCGUGUCGAGACCUUUAUUAUCUCGAAGAACUUUUGUUAAUUUUUUACUUUCGAUUUCCUCUGUGUGUGCCUAGUGUUAUCCAUGCUCCUUUCUAUGCUCUUUAGUUUUCUGGUCUAGAAGGAGGAGCGUUCUCUUGAGAUUGUUGCUGUCACAGCAAUUGUACCAACCUCAUUUUAUUGAUGAUAAACAGAUACACAUAAUUCGUAUCGUAAUAAUGGUGAAAUGCAAAUUAAUAUCAUCUGAAACCAAAAUGUUACUGAUGAACUAAAAUAGAGAAACAUAUGGUCGACGCAUUCGUGAUAUGGAGGAUAUAUCAACCUCGUUUGCAUUGUUUAUCUGCUAUGGUAACCAGGGAGAAAUCUGUGAUAGGAAAUGUCAUAGUUCUCAACUUGCUAUAUAAAUCGGGCUUUGUGGAGAGUUGAUGAGGCAAUGAAAGGCUAUGCAUCCUCCCCUACUAAUUUUGUGCAUCAAAAUGGAAAAUGGAUGCCGCCAGUGGCCAUCAUUGAGCUUAUUAGUUUGGCUCUGAUUUUUUUAUUAUUUAAGAUCAUUGAAUAUAUUUAAAAAUUAAGAGAGAGAGAGAGAGAGAAGAUUGUAAGUAAUAAUUAGAAGACAAAAUGGAAAUAGCACUUCGAUUGUAUCCAUUGCUUACUUAAAAUUAUAUAAAAAAAGGAGGAUUUAACAGAUAGAAAAAGGGUAUCUGUAGUUAAAAUGACCAUUUAGCAACAGGUUUGAUAAUUCCAUAUUUAUAUAU